CUCCGGCGUGGGAGGGGCGAGCGGCUCCAGACGCGCCGCGCCGAGGCUCUCGGCAGCCGGCGGGGCGCAGACGGGCCGGGGCGGGUCCGUCCGGGCGCACGGGGAAAGCGGGGCAGCCGUUCGGCGCGAGCACGGGCAUCUUCAAGCCGAGGCGCGGGACGUGACUCAGGGAACACUCUCCGGCUUCAUCAUGGGAGCUGUAGUAGCUGAUGAUGGUCCAUCUGGUGUUAAAGCUCCUGAUGGAGGCUGGGGCUGGGCUGUCCUUUUUGGCUGUUUUAUCAUCACAGGAUUCUCCUAUGCCUUUCCUAAGGCAGUUAGUGUCUUUUUUAAAGAGCUUAUCCGGGAAUUUGGCAUUGGAUAUAGCGACACUGCAUGGAUUUCCUCCAUUCUCUUGGCCAUGCUUUAUGGAACAGGUCCACUAUGUAGUGUAUGCGUCAAUCGCUUUGGAUGUCGCCCUGUCAUGCUGGUGGGUGGCCUUUUUGCCUCAAUGGGGAUGGUGAUAGCCUCCUUCUGCACGAGCAUUGUUCAGAUCUAUCUAACUGCAGGUGUGAUUACUGGGUUGGGUCUGGCACUAAACUUUCAGCCUUCGCUCAUCAUGUUAAAUCGUUACUUUGACAAACGACGGCCCUUAGCCAAUGGCCUGUCUGCUGCUGGGAGUCCAGUGUUUCUUUGCGCUCUCUCUCCACUGGGACAGAUUCUGCAACAUGAGUACGGUUGGAGAGGAGGAUUUCUCAUAUUGGGUGGGAUGCUGCUCAACUGCUGCGUAUGCGGAGCACUAAUGAGACCUUUGGAGCCACCCAAAAAGUCUGAAGCUACCAAAGAACCAGCUGAGAAGAAAGUGAAGAAAAAACUUCUGGAUUUCAGUGUGUUUAAAGAUGGUGGUUUUGUAAUCUACACUCUAGCAGCAUCUAUCAUGGUGCUUGGCCUCUUUGUUCCCCCAGUUUUUGUUGUAAGUUAUGCCAAGGAUUUAGGGUAUCAAGACACCAAAGCAGCUUUUCUUCUGACUAUUCUGGGAUUCAUUGAUAUUUUCGCUCGGCCUAUUUGUGGAAUGGUAGCUGGUCUUAAAUGGGUUAGACCACGCUGUGUCUACCUUUUCAGUUUUGCUAUGAUUUUCAAUGGCUUUACAGAUCUCAUGGGUUCCAUGUCUGCCGAUUACGGUGGCCUGGUGGUCUUUUGCAUUUUCUUUGGCAUUUCUUAUGGAAUGGUAGGUGCUCUUCAGUUUGAAGUUCUCAUGGCUAUUGUUGGUACUCAGAAGUUUUCCAGUGCCAUCGGUUUAGUGCUCCUGGCAGAAGCUAUGGCUGUUCUAAUUGGCCCACCAUCAGCGGGAAAACUCUUGGAUGCAACAGGGAGGUACAUGUUUGUUUUUAUUAUUGCUGGAAUUGAAGUUACCACCUCUGCCCUGGUAUUGGCCUUGGGAAAUUUCUUCUGCAUCAAGAAAAAAUCAGAAGAACCACAUACAAAAGAAGAGGCAGCAGAAAGAGAGGAAUUAAACAAAUCUGAAGACAAAACUCCUGAAGAUGCCAAGGUGGACUCUAUUGAAGUGGAGCAGUUUCUGAAAGAUGAGCCUGAAAAAAAUGGCGAAGUUGUAACUAACCCAGAAACGUGUGUGUGAGCAUGACAGGAAACCGACAAAGCGUUUAGAAAAGAAAGAUUUUCAUUGCUAUUUAUUUUAGAAAUAGAACUAGUUUAGGGCUGGGUCAUCUGCUUUAUUAACUGGAAGCUGGUCACCUCAUCGGGCCCCUCCAAAAGCUGAUGAGCUAGAUAAACUUUUUAUCAGAAAAUUAGCUCUAUCAGUAAAAGGUGGGGUGUCAUGGUUAUACUUUCUAUGUAAACUAAAAAGCUUUUAUAAACACAAGUAGAGUCUUGCUAUGCAUCACCAGAAACUGCUCACACGGAAGAGACAUAAGACGAUUAUAUUUUAAAUGGAAUUGUAUGUAUGUUUUCAGACAAUGUUGGUGAAAUUGCUGUGUUGUGCAGCUAAAUAUAAUUUCCCUUUCUGUGUUCUUUGUGAAGGGGAAAGAGUUUGAGACGGAGAAAAAUCUCAGGAACUUACAAGUCUCCCCAUUAGGUUUUUUUAACUUUUUUUAAAAAAUUUUAGAAUAAUUAGUUCAGUCCUAAUUUAAUUUUGGUAAUAUAUGUUACUUUGAUUCAUGUAAGUGUCUUUCUGAGUUUUGUCUAAGCCUGUAAUAUUUGUAAUUAUCAUCUGGAAAUACUGUAUGUGGAAAGGCACAUUGCAGAUACUAUCCUCUGCAGAUCACACAAGCAGUAAUCCAAGGGAGUAAUGAAAGAAACGAAAAUGAGCAGAAUCAAUCCUGUCAGACCGUAAGCAAAGUUAGCCUACAUUUACAUACAUGGUUUUCAGAACAGUUUGCCUGCGGCAUUGAAAAAUAUUACAAGUAACAGGGAGGAGACGGUCAUUAGGUUUAGCAGAAUCUUCUGAAAGAGUGUCCAUUUUGUAUAUGAAAUAAACAGUGUAAGUUUCCAGAUGACCUAGAAAUUAGCAUGGGUAUACUUAGGGAAGGGACUGGACUACUUUGAAACACAUUAGCUAUUUUAUAAAACACAAUGUUAGGAACACAGAAAGGUCAUAAGGUGUGAAUUCUAUUUAUUUAUUUAUUUUUCCUUUACCUCAUUUCCCUAUCCUUUUUGCUUAAUCUAUGAAGUUCAAGGUGCCACUCCUUCUGGUUGAGGUAACACGAUAUAACUGUUGAUCGUGUUUAUGACGGUAGUGCAUAAGGACCAAUCAAGAAUGAGGUCGGCUCUGCUACUCAUUGCACAAACAGAAUGAAGAGUCUCUGGGCAGGCUUAAAAUCUUCUCUGACUUUGGUAUGGAGGAAAGAGGAGAAACAAACAGAUCAGACACAGCAGUGACAGCCCAUUUGAAGAAACGCAGAAAGGGAAAAGACUCAUUGUGAGGACACUGAAUAGAAGAGGUAAAAGGAAACAUUCUCUUUUUUUUCCCACCCGAACACAUUCAAGAAAUAUAUUUUUAUACAAAAUCAUGCUACUGCAUGAUAUGUUUCUAAAAAGCUCUCUAGGCUUUGUGACUGCAGUAACAAUCUUCAAAAGAGACCAACUGUUUUCAGUUUUCAGUUGGUUCAAUUCAGUUUUCUUAUUGGUAGCAAAGGAAUAUUGGCUUUCAGGUGCCAAAAUUAUUCUGUUUAAUAACCGAAAACUAAAAGAUCCUCAUCCUUUAAAGCCCUGUAUCCCUUUCAAAAGUAACAUAAUUAGUUAUUUCAUACUUGACCAUUUUAACAGAAACACACAGUAAAUCUAACAAAGUGCCAAAACCACAAACCAUUCCCUAAUGGAACUCUCUCAGAUACCCACUUCCAUUAUGGUAGUUGUUUUUUUUUCUUUUGUUUUUGCCACAAUGGCUUCACAUUGUUAGGACAACCUUGCAUAGAAAUUAAAAAGUUAGGAUCUUUUCCUUUUCUUAAGUAAAUUUAAAAAGAAACGGUUGCUGCACUGAAUAAACUGUUUAUUUUUA